CAACAGUGCCAGUUCGAUUCCCGAUGACAAGAGCUCUUAGAGACUCUACGAGCGACCGUGUUUCUGCAAGGUGGACGGAGAGAGAGAGAAAAUGAUAGAAAAUGAAAAAAAAAAAGUGAUAGAUAAUACGGCUUGACGAACAACAGGAAGAGUACGACGCCCUCUGGAUGCUCGAAAGGAAGACCAGGGACAUCACGGAGUCCAAGGCAUUGUCAACCACCGAUAAAUCUGUGAAGGAACGAGAAAGAUCAUCCCUUGGACAGACUGGACCUUUGUUCUCCAUGACUGCUGUGUAUGCUGGUGAAACGUAUGUGCCGAUUUCCCAGCCACAGUACACCUGCACGAAUUGCGGAAAGAAGUAUAAAUGGCAGGACAGUCUCAAGAGACAUCAGAGGGUUGAGUGUGGCAACAAGGAAAAGAAAUUUUCCUGUCACUUCUGCGACAGGAAGUUCAAGUAUCGAUAUGAGCUACGAAAUCACAAUUUCGCUCAUCACAGACCUUAAAUUUAUUUUGUUGCUCUUAAGGAUCAAGUCCAAUUGUAUUAUAUUGAAUAAUAAAAGAUAAUAUUUUGAGGGCAAGAUACGCUUUAA